AUGUCGGGGCUCGCAAACAGCCGCCUGAAGGAGGAGCGCAGGAACUUCCGGAAGAGCCGUCCAUUUGGCUUCGUCGCCAAGCCCGCGACGCUGCCGGACGGCUCGCAGGAUCUGAUGCGGUGGGAGUGCGUCGUGCCCGGCAAGGAGGGAACUCUGUUCGAGGGUGGCGUUUUUGCAAUGACGAUGGUGUUUGACUCCGACUACCCUCAGUCGCCGCCGAAAUGUUCUUUCGAUCUCAUCGACGGCAAGCCGCUCUGCCACCCGAACGUGUACCCCAGCGGGAAGAUUUGUCUGUCGAUAAUCAACCCCCAGGGCUCAGAUGGCGGCACCUGGACGCCCUCCACGCAGAUCAAGGUCAUCUUGUUGGCCAUCCAGACGCUGCUCGACGAGAAGGAGGUCAACCCUUUGUCGCCCGCGCAGACCGACGCGUACCAGCUCUUCACAAAGGACCGCGUGGCGUGGCGGAAGCGCGUGCGAGAGCAGCUCGCCGACAGCGUCGUCGCGACCGACGCCGCCGCCGAGGCGGGGGGGGCCGCGGAGGGCGUGCGGCCUGUUGCAACAACCUUCCGGACCAUGAUUGCCGCGGCCAAGGGUGGCGCUAGCGGGAUGAGCAGCCUGCUCGGCCUCCUCGGCAGCGCGGCGUUCGCGCUCGUUGCCGUCUACCUCGCGUCGCUCGUCACUGUCUGCCAUGGGCCGUGCGGCAACAAGAAGGACGACGUCCUCUACGAGAUGCGCAGUGCUGCCUGCUGCAGCCCGUCCGUGCAGGAUUGCGGCAACUUCCUCCCGGGCCAGGGCUCCACCUGGCUGCACGGCAUCUGCAAGCCCACCGCGCCCGACUUUUGCAACCGGCUUAAACCCAAGAGCUUCUUCAACGGCUGUUCGGCUGCGGGGGCCUUCCAGGACGCGGUGGACGACGCGGUGGACAACUUUUUCGGCCGCUAAGGGGCGUGCAUCGAAAGGGGGGGAGGCACCUCCGUGUGAGCAGGACGCGCGCGCACGGUGUGCCAGAGGAGGGACGAACGCGCGCACGCCGCGCGGAGGAGGGAGCACGGCACGCACAGCGCCACAGCACCCACACCCCGGAGCCUACACCGCCAGGCACGCAACCACGCUUUGGGCCCCGACAGCAGACUUUUUGUCCUGACUCCUGUUUUUCGGGACUCUAGAGAGCUGUUGCGCUGACGGGGAGAAGCGGAUAGAAGCUCGCAUCCGU